AUGAAUGAGCUCUGGGACGUGCAACUCCAGAAGUGGGCCUACCAGUGCGAGUACUUAGAGCAGUUCCGACUUGCCGAGGAGACGCUGGGCAAAGAGAUUGAUGCUAUCAUUGCUCCGAUCACGCCUACGGCUGCUAUAAGACAUAACCAGUUCAAGUAUUACGGGUACGCUAGUGCUAUCAAUCUUCUGGACUUCACGAGUGUUGUUGUGCCAAUUACUUGGGCGGAUAAGAAUGUGGAUAAGAAGAAGGAGGGGUAUAAAGCGCUGAGUGGUAUCGACGAAGCCGUCCAAGCUGAAUGCGAGUUCUCCAUUCCGGAGUUGGGGAAUGAUCCUGUGGCAUAUGAUGGUGCUCCGGUGGCAGUACAGAUUGUGGGACGGCGGUUGACUGAGGAGAGAAUCAUGGCUAUUGCGGAGGAAAUUGGAAGACUUUUGGGCAAUGAAAUUACCCCUUGA